GCCGGACUCAUUGAAGUGUUGCGCGGCUGCAGUUUGCAUGUGCAGAGAGAAACUUCAGCAGUAGGUUUGUGCGUUCCACCGUCAUUAUGGAUUCUGCUGUGGAGGCUGAGAAAGGAUGUGCAUCUAUUAAAGAACAGUUCCUCACCACUAAAGAGAAGUUCCAUGAGUUUCUGGAGUCGGGCUGGCAGCGUCAGAAGGGUGGUGAGGUGGACAGAGACACAGAGGAGCCGUCAGGAGAACCGGAGCAGAAGAGGAUGAAGCUGGACACUGAUGAUCUGCAAGAUGGAGACAGAAAAGAGAAGAAGAGAAUGAGAGGACAGAAUAAAUCCAGGCCGCACAUGAAACCUAACAGUUAUGAGGACAGAAGACUGUGCCCAUCCAUCAGUCAGGAGCGAGAAACCAAAUGCGUUUACGGUGAUAAAUGUCGCUUCAUCCACGACGUGGCGGAGUACAUGUCCACUAAAGCCCAAGACCUGGGUGAACAGUGUUACCUGUACAACACCUUUGGCAAGUGUCAUUACGGAGUGACGUGCCGGUUUGCUAAAGCUCAUGUGAGUCCAGAGUUCAAGAAUCUAGUCAAUGAAGAUCUUCAUAAAAGCUUCACUGACAGAGUGAUGGUCAGAAACCACCUGGAUAAAGAGCUGCAGAAACGCCUGCGGAAGAAACAGGUAUGUUUUAAGGGCACAGAUGCGUACCUGAAGACCAUCAACAAAGGAAAGAAACCGGACAACAAGAGCAGAGAUGAGUGUCGAGAUGUGAAAGCAGAAGAAACUCAGAGCUGCUCUGGAGAUCCUUCUACUGGUCAAGAAACACAGAACUGUGCAGUUCCUCCUGUGAAGACUAUGGGGCCGAUAACCGAUGCUGACAUCAUCAAACUGCGACCAUGUGAAAAGAAGCAGGUGGAUUUCAGAGACAAACUCUAUCUGGCUCCUCUUACCACGUGUGGUAAUCUUCCGUUCCGGCGCGUGUGUAAGCGGUUUGGCGCAGAUAUCACGUGUGGCGAAAUGGCCAUGUGCACGAAUCUCCUGCAGGGUCAGUCGUCAGAGUGGGCGCUUCUCAAGAGACACGAGAGUGAAGAUCUGUUCGGCGUUCAGUUGGAAGGUUGUUUUCCCGACACUAUGACCAGGUGUGCCGAGCUGCUCAAUCAAAACAUUGAUGUUGAUUUUGUUGAUAUAAAUUCCGGAUGCCCCAUUGAUCUUGUUUACAAGAAGGGUGGUGGAUGUGGCCUGAUGACACGAACCAACAAAUUUGAGCAGAUAGUGAGAGGAAUGAAUUCAGUGCUGGACAUUCCUUUAACCGUUAAGAUCCGUACAGGAGUUCAGCAGAACUCUAAUAUCGCUCACAAACUGAUUCCAGAACUGAAGAAAUGGGGCGUGUCCCUCAUUACGCUGCACGGCAGAUCGCGUGAACAGCGCUACACAAAGCUGGCCGACUGGGACUACAUCAACACCUGCUCAAAACUCGCCACUCCAGUACCGCUGUUCGGUAAUGGGGACAUUCUGUCUUAUGAAGACGCCAUGAAGGCCAGAGAGACGGGAGUAUCAGGAAUCAUGCUGGCCAGAGGUGCUCUGAUCAAGCCAUGGCUCUUUACUGAGAUUAAGGAGAGCAGACACUGGGACAUCUCCUCCGGCGAGCGUUUGGACAUCCUCCGAGACUUCACCAACAACGGCCUCGAGCACUGGGGCUCCGACACACAGGGUGUGGAAAAGACACGCAACUUCAUGUUGGAGUGGCUCUCCUUCCUGUGCAGGUAUAUUCCGGUGGGUUUGUUGGAGAGAGCACGCAGAAGAUCAACGAGCCCGCCGUUCUACAUGGGUCGAGAUUACUUGGAGUCUCUGAUGGCCAGUCAACAUGUGGCUGACUGGAUUAAAAUCAGUGAAAUGCUGUUGGGACCGGUGCCCAAAACCUUCAGUUUUCUGCCCAAACACAAAGCCAACUCUUAUAAAUGACCAGCGACUGCAAUGUGACCUUUUAUUCAUAUAAACCUAUUUUGAAGAUGGAUUAUUUGUUCAUUUCCACACAAAAGACAUUUGUUAACGUUCAGGGUUGUUUUAUUUUUAACAAAUGUACUAAAGUUAAAGACUGAAUAGGUGUGUGUGUGUGAUGCAGAAUGAUUUAAAAUGAUUUGGCAGCACUGACCAGUGAAAUAAAACUUCAUGGUGUAUUACCAGCGUUGAUGACUCCAUGAUAAUCCCAAAAGCAGACCGAAAUCUCUUUUGAAACAUUGAUCAAUAAAGAAUGUAAAUAAAGUGAGAUACACAUGACUGCAGUUUACAUGUAUCCAUCAUUGCAGACGUCUGAUGAAAGAGACAAUGUGUCGUUAUUAAAGACAGAAUUGA